GAGAGAGAGCGAGAGUGAGGGAGAGUGUGUAGGGGGUAAACGCAGGCGCAUUGAGGCAGAGAGGAUAAUAUUACAGACUGAUCCAGAUCCUUUCUGACUUCAGGCAGAGAAGCAGAAAACAUUUCAGAGCAAAUCCCUGGAAAACACGGGGAAAUCCAUGCUCCUACCUAACGGAAAUAUGAGAACGAAACCUUUAUCUACUUGGCACUACAAACUUAAAAUCUAUUUAUUUAUCUAGGUAUCAACCAAGGGGGUUUAUCCAUUCCUCCAAAGGUUUUACAGGCAUUGAAAAGUAGUCUUUUUUUUAACUAGGUAUUUCAGAAUGAAAACUUUAUCAACAGCAAAUUCUACUUGUUAAAUUUGUUGUACUCUGUGAUUGAGAAAAAAACAAUAUAUUGGGGAUUGAGAAACAAGAAUUGGGGAUUGGAUCAUUAAAGAAGACAAAAUUAUAAGCUGAUUGUGUUCAACAAUCCCACAAAAUAAGAACAGACGCAGAAGAAGAGAUCUGAGAUGGCUGCAGGAGGAAUCACAACCUUUCCUACAGUACCUGAUGAUGGAGGCAGUAGUCCCUUCUCUCCAGGAACAUUUAAAGAGCCCAAAAGACUUUACUGUAAAAACGGAGGAUAUUUCUUGAGGAUAAACCCUGAUGGAAGAGUGGAUGGAAUCAGGGAGAAGAAUGACCCUUGCAUAAAGCUGCAACUCCAGGCAGAAUCGAUUGGAGUAGUUUCAAUCAAAGGGAUCAGUGCAAACCGUUAUCUUGCGAUGAAUGAAGAUGGACGGUUAUUUGGCACAAAAUGUACAACGGAUGAAUGCUUCUUCUUUGAAAGACUAGAGUCCAACAAUUACAACACUUACCGAUCUCAGAAAUACCCGGAUUGGUAUGUAGCAUUGAAGCGGACUGGGCAGUUCAAGUCAGGAUCAAAAACAGGACCUGGGCAGAAAGCCAUUCUUUUUCUUCCAAUGUCAGUAAAGAGUUGAUUUGGCUUUGAUGUUGCACCCACUCAA